GCACACACGGUUUUGCAGUAGUAAGUAAUCCUAUUCAAUGGGUUUAUACUUCCAAGUGUUUUCACUAAUUAUUCACCAAAAUAUAAUAAAAAAAAAAAAAAAAAAACAGGUUACCAUUUAUGUAAACAUCUUUCCCAAAAAGUAAGCCAGAUGAACAAUGAUAAAAACGAAACUCCAUGUCAAGCUUGAUGAACCUGACCUCACCCUAUCUUUGCCCCUCCUCAAACCUAAAACCCAAUCUCAGACAAUGGAGAUUCAAUUCAAAAGGAAUCUCAUAUUUCACUGCUUAUUAUCUUCUCACUCUCUUUCUCUCUCUCUAUCUAUCUUUCUAUCUCUCACUGCAAAAUCAACAGAAAUGCUUUUUUACAAUGUGCUAAAAAACGUCAGCGUUUUAUGAGUUCUCUGUUAUGGUAGAAGCUCUGUUUUCUUUUAUCAUCUCUGCUCCCUAGGGUUUUGAAUGCUGUGCUGCUGCUGUUUAACUUACAUUGAAAUGGCUUGAUAUCUUGUCGCCUACACGGCUGCUUCUUCUCUUAAGUUACCUUCGACGUUUAAGAAGUAUUGAAAAAAGUGAAACAAUAAAGUAGUGACUGCAUUUAUGCAUGUACCGUAACGUGCUUAGAGAAUUUUUGUACUUAGAUCUUCCGCCGGAGGAUGUGGAGUCAAAUGAUGCUAUUGAAGAUUGGGAGUCUCAAUUUCAACAGCUCCCAACACCAUCUAAUAUAUUGGCAGAUUUCACUUCUGGUAUUUGUGACCAAAUUAGUAAAGACAGUUUGAAACUUGAGAAGAGCUCAGUUUCGUGUGAUGAAUCUUCUCAGCCUAAACCAUGGCUGAGAGCUGCUGAGGCACCCUCCAGCAGAAACAUUCCCCUCAACUAUGACCCUUCAGAGGGCAAGUAUUCACACCUGUUCUGGACCUCCAGUCCGGUUUCAGUCCUUGAAAGCAGCAGCAGCUCUUCCUCAGCUGAAAAUUCAACAGUCUAUCACCCCAAAUUUGCAAAGCCAGUGAAGCGCCCUCGAAGCAAGUGCCCGCGUCGGCGGAGGUGCACAUUUCCUUUCCUAUCCACAUCUUAUGCUCCAAAAAAUAAUCCUUUGGGCGGUUCUGAAUCAGAAUCAGAAUCAGAAUCAGAAUCAGAAUCAGAAUCCAAUCCUGAUGAGAAAAUGUUGAACCUUGCCAAGAAAAUACAGAAGAAAAAGGAUCUGAUGAUGCUAUCUUGUACUGUAGAAAAGAAGAAACCCUCCUCAGAAGUUCCAGGUGAAAUCAGAAAAUGCACACAUUGUGAAGUGACCAAAACUCCACAGUGGAGAGAGGGGCCAAUGGGGCCAAAAACACUUUGCAAUGCUUGUGGAGUUCGUUAUAGGUCUGGCCGUCUCUUUCCGGAGUACCGCCCUGCUGCUAGUCCUACCUUUGUUCCAGCAUUGCAUUCAAACUCCCACAGGAAGGUCAUAGAGAUGAGAAAGAAUCCUAGGCACGUGGGCAAUAUGGCUGCAAUGGAUGCAGCUCGGCUUCCAGUGCCGGAAUAUUCAUUUUGAUAGCUAUUUGUUUGAUUAAUAUUUAGGAGAGUAGUGUUGUAGCUGGAAGCUGUCUGAUUCUAUAUUUUCUGUUUUCAAUUCUGUCAGUCGGUUUGUUCUUUUUGUACAUUUAUGGAAUAAGAACUAGGCCAUUAGAUGUUUAGAUGAUUAGAUGUUUGGAAGCAGCGAGAAGUUAAAGAAGUGUUUAGUGUAGUGAAUGUCUGAGUGAAACAAAGAAGUGUAUUUGUAGAAUUUCAGAGGUACGCCCACUAGUGAUGCUAAAAAAAAAAAAAAAUUGUUUCUAUGCUUGUUUGCAAAGGUAGCUGAAAUGGCAGUAUCAGGUCUCAAAAUGUAGACUUCUCUCCUUAUUUUCAGACCUUUGUUUCUAUA